AUGAUCCCGCGGCUGAUUCGGCAUUUCCUUGAGCAACUCGACUUCAUUUCACCGACUACCUUCGGUGUAUUGACUCUGCUUAAUGAUAUUGGCACCGCUUGUUCCCUUCAACUCACCAUGUGCUAUGCGAUCGAGCGGCUAGUGGCGAUGAGGAAUUGGGAACACUAUCAUCAACGAUUUACCACAAAUCGAUUAACAAAGAUGUUAAUGGCUAUAAUGAUGAGCUUGACGAGCAUCGAGGUACUGGGCUACCACGUGAACAUCCUCUCAUCACAACUUGUUUUUGGCGCUGUGUAUGUCAACUAUUCCCUGGCUAGCUUGUUUUUCAUUGAACUUCACCGAAUCUGCAGACGAGUUUACAUACGGGUUUAUGAGCUAAAGAAUUGUACGGUGGAGGAAAGAUACCGAACCGUGAUGAACAUUCGAGCAUCUCGACUCUUGCUUUUCCUAGCUCCAUACAAAUGUUUGACGAGUGUGGUUUUGUAUAUCAAUUACUGCUUUUGGGUUGAUGGAGAGAAACCGCAGACGGCCAUUUAUAAUUGCUAUUUUGUUUGGUAUGCCGUGCAGAUUCAGAUUUUCUUUCAAAUGUUCCUCACCGUCUUCGCGGAGAAAUCUCUUCGCCGAGCGUUUCUCUCAUAUUUCCACUCGCCAUCAAAGGCUAUUGUCAGUUCGCUCGGCACCAAUAUGUCAUUCAGCAAAGAGGAAGAAGCCAAGAUUUAUUUCGAUUACAUUAAAAGGUCAUGGAAA